UCUGUGUCAACACUUCUGCACCAAACUGUGAGCUGGCACCUUUCUCAGCCCUGUUCUACAGACAUUCACUGAAGGUUUCCUGCCUCAGGACUGCUCAGCCUUUACCUCUCCCCAGAGGCCACUCCUGCCUCCUUUAUAUCCAGAUUGGGGAACAAGAGUCUUCAGUGGAUUUGACUAACACACUGAACCCUUUCCCAGCAGGCUCAACACCUGCUAACAAGGAACUGUAUUUCAAGAAUCUUUCCAAACAAAAACAAAUCAUGGAGAAGAAUGGGAACAACCGAAAACUUCGGGUUUGCGUUGCUACUUGCAACCGAGCUGAUUAUUCAAAAUUAGCUCCUAUUAUGUUUGGCAUUAAGGCAGAACCACAGUUCUUUGAGCUUGAUGUCGUGGUGCUUGGCUCCCAUCUGAUUGAUGACUAUGGCAACACCUACCGUAUGAUUGAACAAGACGACUUUGACAUUCACACGAGGUUGCACACCAUAGUGAGAGGCGAGGAUGAGGCAGCCAUGGUGGAGUCGGUAGGCCUUGCGUUAGUAAAGCUACCGGAUGUCCUCAACCGUCUGAAACCUGACAUAGUGAUCGUUCAUGGGGACAGAUUUGAUGCUCUGGCACUGGCCACAUCUGCAGCCUUAAUGAAUAUUCGGAUUCUUCAUAUUGAAGGCGGGGAAGUCAGUGGGACCAUAGAUGACUCAAUCAGACAUGCCAUAACCAAACUGGCUCAUUUCCAUGUGUGUUGCACAAGAAGUGCAGAGCAGCAUUUGAUAUCCAUGUGCGAAGAUCAUGAUCGCAUCCUCUUGGCUGGCUGUCCCUCAUAUGACAAACUUCUCUCCUCCAAAAAUAAAGACUACAUGAGUAUUAUACGUAUGUGGAUAGGUGAAGAUGUAAAACCAAGAGAUUAUAUAGUCGCUCUGCAGCACCCUGUGACCACGGAUAUUAAACAUUCCAUAAAGAUGUUUGAACUAACGUUGGAUGCACUUAUCUCCUUUAACAAAAGGACACUAGUUCUGUUCCCAAACAUCGAUGCAGGAAGCAAAGAGAUGGUUCGGGUGAUGAGGAAGAAGGGCAUUGAGCAUCAUCCCAAUUUUCGAGCAGUAAAGCAUGUUCCGUUUGAGCAGUUCAUUCAGUUAGUGGCACAUGCUGGCUGUGUGAUUGGUAACAGCAGCUGUGGUGUUCGAGAAGUGGGAGCGUUUGGAACCCCUGUCAUCAAUCUGGGAACACGUCAAAUAGGAAGAGAAACAGGCGAAAAUGUUCUUCAUGUUCGUGAUGCUGACACACAGGACAAAAUACUACAAGCUUUGCAUCUCCAGUUUGGACAACAGUAUCCUUGCUCAAAAAUAUAUGGGGAUGGUAAUGCUGUCCCAAGAAUUCUGAAGUUCCUCAAAUCGAUUGACCUCAAAGAGCCACUGCAGAAGAAGUUCUGCUUCCCUCCUGUAAAGGAGAACAUCUCACAAGAUAUUGACCAUAUCCUAGAAACUCAGAGUGCCUUGGCUGUGGAUCUAGGUGGAACAAAUCUCCGGGUAGCGAUAGUCAGUAUGAAGGGUGAAAUAGUGAAGAAAUAUACCCAGCUCAAUCCUAAAACCUAUGAGGACAGAAUAGGAUUGAUUCUCAAGAUGUGUAUGGAGGCUGCAUCAGAAGCUGUAAAUCUGAACUGCAGAAUUUUGGGAGUGGGUAUUUCUACAGGUGGACGGGUGAAUCCCCGAGAAGGAAUUGUGCUUCAUUCCACAAAGCUCAUUCAGGAGUGGAGUUCUGUUGAUCUGAGGACCCCGAUAUCUGAUGCUCUGCACUUGCCAGUCUGGGUGGACAAUGAUGGCAACUGUGCUGCUCUGGCAGAGAGGAAAUUUGGGCAUGGAAAAGGAGUGGAAAAUUUUGUAACGCUAAUCACUGGUACAGGAAUUGGAGGUGGAAUCAUUCAUCAACAUGAAUUGAUCCAUGGAAGUUCCUUUUGUGCUGCUGAACUUGGACACAUUGUGGUGUCUCUAGAAGGACCAGAGUGCCUAUGUGGGAGCCAUGGAUGUAUAGAAGCAUAUGCCUCUGGAAUAGCCUUGCAGAGAGAAGCUAAAAAACUACAUGAUGAGGAUCUGUUGUUAGUGGGCGGAAUGUCAGUGAAGACGGAAGAGACCAUUAGUGCUGUGCAUCUCAUUCAGGCAGCUAAACUUGGGAAUGCAAAGGCUGACAGCAUUCUCAGAACAGCUGGGACAGCUCUAGGCCUUGGCGUAGUGAAUAUCCUGCACACCAUGAACCCCUCUCUAGUGAUCCUUUCUGGAGUUUUAGCAGGCCAUUACGUUAACAUCGUCAAAGACGUGAUCCGUCGGCAGGCUUUGUUCUCUGCUGAGACAGUGGAUGUAGUUGUCUCAAAUCUGGCGGACCCUGCUCUGCUUGGAGCUGCUAGCCUGGUGCUAGAUUACAGUACACGCCGAAUAUACUAGGUACCUGGGGAAGUUCCAGAAAUGGACAGUCCAGCUGUAUAACUGUUCUGGAGGGUGGGGGAAAUACUGUGCCCAAAGUAUUUCCUGCUGACCAUCAGCUUUAUCUUCUGUAGUAAAGCAGACUAGUGUUUUAGGUAGUUAGUUACUACUUCAGUAUUUCCUUAUUGUAGUAAUACCUCUUUGUAUUUUUUUCUACAUUUUAGCCAAGUUCAGAUGAAGUAAUGUGCAUUUCCAUUUUUUUGUUCACCUCUGUAGCUUGGGAGCUCAAGUGUUGCUUAAGCGAUGCUAGAAAGACUUAUCCAUAAGCACAUUCCAGUGUUCUCCCGGGAUAUAUUUGGUGAGAUGUGCCAAGUUCUAG